GCGCGCAACUUCGGGUUUCCCGCCUGGCGCAGUCAGGUCAGCCACCACCCGCGGCUCAUAGCGCACCUCGUGCUCUGCCCUGCGACAUGACUCGCACCACCCGCGACCUAUUUUCGUCGCCAAGCAGUCGCACGCUGUCGCCCGCCGCGCACGGGCACCCGUGACGGUGUGCCGUCUCCCGGUGCAACCCCCCCUGUCCGUUCCGCGUGUCCAGUCCCCCGUCGCCACGCGUGCAUCUCUGGUCGCCGCCUCAUUCCCUGCUCGCCCAUCGCCCGCGUGCCUCGCGCCGUCGCCUGUCGUCGCUCUCGCGUGUGCCCUCCGCCGCCAUCCCCUGCCACGCUGCCCGCCGCCAUGCAUCUCUCUCUCCUUCGAUCGCUCGCCCGUCGAGCGUCGCAGCGCGCCCCGUGCCACAGCGCGCGCGCCGCCAUCUCCACUCGCGCCGUCGCCUCGCUGGGCGCCGACGAGCACCCGUUGGCCGAUCCCCGCGCAGCGCUGCCAGCGGUGUCCGCCGAUCCUCCCCGCAUCCGCCUUCACCCCCCCGCAUGCUCCCCUCCGCCGCACUCUCCGCCUCUCCCCGCCCUCCUGUCCCACUCCCUCACUCUCCGCUCAUUACAUCUCCGCGCGCCGCUCCCACCCUUCGCGCCAUUCUCCGUUCCGCUUCCCCCCGCGCCUCCCCUCCCUGCCGCGCCUUCUCGCGCCUUCCGCACAGCGGCCGCCACAGCAUGCGCUCACGCGGUGAGCGCGGGGGGCGGCGGGGGGCUGCUGGCGCUGAACGCGCUGGCGGACCGGGAUGGGGCGCGGAGGACGGGGAAGCGCGUGGGGCGGGGCAUGGGGUCGGGCAAGGGCAAGACGGCGGGGCGCGGGCACAAGGGGCAGAAGGCGCGGUCGGGGCGCAACCCGAAGAUCGGGUUCGAGGGCGGGCAGACGCCGCUCCGCAUCCGCCUGCCCAAACGCGGCUUCCACAACCCCUUCUCCCUCACCUUCCAGGUGGUGAACGUGAGGGACGUGGUGCAAAAGGUGGAGCAGGGCGAGAUAGACGCCAGCCACGUCAUCACCAUGAAGACACUCAAGGAUGCGGGUCUGGGAGGCAAGGCGAUGCGAGAUGGAGUGAAGCUGCUGGGCCGGGGGGCGCACCACCUCUCCCUCCCGCUGCACCUUGAGGUGAGCCGCGCGUCAGCGUCGGUGCGCAGGGCGGUGGAGGCAGCGGGCGGCAAGGUGACGCGCGUUCACUACAACGCGCUGGGGCUGCGGGCGCUGCUCAAGCCCCAGUGGUUCGCCAAGAAGGGCCGCCUGCUGCCGCGCCCUGCCCGCCCCCCUCCGCGCAUUCUGCAGCUCGGCCUUGUGGAUGCCGUGGGCACUCUGCCCGCACCCACGCACCCUGUAACAUAACGUGCCUUGGGUUGCUUCCUUCAAUUCAUUGCAAUCACCAUAAAAGAGAAAUUUCUUCCCCAUGCUUGUUCCAGCAAAAUGAAUUUCAAUUUCGGAGUGUGGCAUUGAUGUUUGCAUUGCAGUCCAUAUGGUAUCUGUAUGGUAUUCUCAGAGUAACGGAAUGACUAGAAUAGAUGGUACAGGGUAUCGUAUGUCAACUUAUACAUACAUUUGCAUGUAGAAGUUAUAGGCUAGAAUAGGUGUAUUCUUAGAGGGUACAAACCAAACCCUAUAUCUCC